GGAGCCAAUGGGCGCUGAGGAUGUUUCCCGGAGCCGAAGCGGCGGCGGCCCCUCCCCCGCCGGCCGCUCCGGCUCGGGGCUCGCCGGACGGGCAGAGUUUCGCACCCGGGUGGGCGAUGCCGCUCGGGCGCCUUCUCGUUGCAGAUUUGCAACCAACAUAAUGCUGAAGCACCCAGCUUGGAAUGAGCAUUUCACAGAAUGGCACAAACAGAACAUAAUCUGGACCAUGAUGUAUCAUGGCUCCUCCUUCCCCCAUACUGGGCUAAAAUGGUUGUGGGAUUAAUUUCCCUCCUCUGCUUUGUUAACAGUUAUGAUGGAGAUUUUGUCUUUGAUGAUUCUGAAGCCAUCAUCAAUAACAAGGACCUCAGGGCGGAAACCCCACUUGGUGACCUGUGGCAUCAUGACUUUUGGGGUAGCAAACUCAGCAGCAAUACCAGUCAUAAGUCAUAUCGACCACUUACUGUCCUAACUUUCAGAAUUAAUUACCUUUUCGCUGGAGGCUUCUACCCGGUUGGUUUCCAUGUCAUCAAUAUAAUACUGCAUUGUACUAUCUCAGUGUUGAUGGUUGAUGUGUUCUCAAUAUUAUUGGGUGGGCUGCAAUUCAGUAGCAAAGGAAGAAGGCUAAACCUGGCUCCAAAGACAUCUCUUCUAGCUGCUUUGCUGUUUGCUGUACAUCCAGUGCACACUGAAUGCGUUGCAGGGAUUGUUGGCAGAGCAGAUCUGCUGUGUGCCCUGUUCUUUUUGUUGUCAUUCCUUGGCUACUGUAAAGCAUUUAGAGAACCAAGAACUGACAACAGUUUAGAUAAGGAAGGACACCAUUUUUCCCUAUUCUGGGUGUUGAUGAGUGUUCUCCUAGGUGCAGUAGCUAUGCUGUGCAAAGAACAAGGAAUUACAAUACUGGGUUUGAAUGCGGUAUUUGAUGCACUGGUGAUUAACAAGCUGAAUGUUUUAGAGUUUGUUCAAAGGUUACUGCAUAAAGACAAGUCAUUGGAGAAUUCUGGGCUGUUAAGAAAGGGGCUGCUUUUCAGGAUAACUCUUCUGUUGUCUGGAGGGGCCAGUAUACUUUAUAUACGCUGGAGGAUUAUGGGCACAGGGCCACCGGCUUUUACUGAAGUAGACAACCCAGCUUCAUUUGCAGAUAGUCUGCUAGUGAGAGCUAUAAACUAUAAUUACUACUAUUCGUUGAAUGCAUGGUUGCUGUUGUGUCCCUGGUGGCUGUGUUUUGAUUGGUCAAUGGGCUGCAUACCCCUCAUUAAAUCCGUCAGCGACUGGAGGAUAAUUGCACUAGCAGCACUUUGGUUCUGCCUAAUUGGCCUGAUAUGCCAAGCUCUGUGCUCAGAAGACAGCCAUAAGAGAAGAAUUCUUACACUGGGACUUGGAUUUCUUAUUAUCCCUUUUCUUCCUGCAAGUAACCUGUUCUUCCGAGUAGGAUUUGUUGUUGCAGAGAGAGUCAUCUACCUCCCCAGCAUUGGAUAUUGUAUUCUGUUUACAUAUGGAUUUAGUCUCUUGAGUAAGAAAGCCAAGAAAAAGAAAAUUCUUGCCGCUGCAGUACUUGGAAUCUUGUUGAUAAAUGUCAUGCGCAGUGCUCUCCGCAGCAGUCAGUGGAGGUCAGAAGAACAGCUUUUUAGGAGUGCGCUGUCUGUGUGCCCUCUCAAUGCAAAAGUGCACUACAAUGUUGGCAAAAACUUGGCUGACAAAGGAAAUCAAAGUGCUGCAAUCAAAUACUACAGAGAAGCUGUAAGGUUGAAUCCUAAAUAUGUACAUGCCAUGAACAACCUUGGAAAUAUUCUGAAAGAAAGAAAUGAGCUCCAAGAAGCAGAGGAGUUGCUGUCCUUAGCUGUACAAAUACAACCUGAUUUUGCUGCUGCAUGGAUGAAUCUGGGAAUAGUACAGAACAGUUUAAGAAGGUUUGAAGAGGCAGAGCAAAGCUACUGGACAGCAAUUAAACACAGGAAAAAAUAUCCCGAUUGUUACUAUAAUUUAGGAAGGCUGUAUGCAGAUUUGAAUCGCCAUAUAGAUGCAUUGAAUGCAUGGAGGAAUGCUACAGUUCUGAAACCAGAGCAUAGUUUGGCUUGGAACAAUAUGAUUAUAUUGCUUGAUAACACAGGCAAUCUAGCUCAAGCAGAAGCAGUUGGAAGAGAGGCCCUGGAAUUAAUACCGAAUGAUCAUUCCCUUAUGUUUUCAUUGGCAAAUGUAUUGGGGAAAUCACAGAAAUAUAAGGAAUCGGAAGCUUUGUUCCUCAAGGCAAUUAAAGCCAAUCCAAAUGCUGCCAGUUAUCAUGGUAAUUUGGCUGUGCUUUAUCAUCGCUGGGGAAAUCUUGACUUAGCAAAGAAGCACUAUGAAGUCUCUCUGAAGCUCGAUCCUAUGGCACCGGGGACCAAGGAAAACUACAACCUCUUAAGAAGAAAACUGGAACAACUGCAAAAGAAAGGCGAAGCAUGAUUUUUAUUUUCAGGUUGUCAGUGCAUGCUGUUUACUAUUAAUGUAACAUGGCUACUUUUGACCAUGCAAGGGAUUCAGUCAGUGUUUCUUAGACGUUACGACAAUACCAGCAAUGCACACUUGAAUGCUCUUACAGAUUCUAACAUUUCAGCUGGAGUUUGGGAGAUCUUUUCUUUUUUGCUUUCAGACUGCCUUUAAAGUCUCUUAAAACAUUUAUAUAGUUAUGUGAAAGUAAUGCAGAUGGAAUUUCACGGUUGUGAAUAAAUAGCAAUAUUUGCUUUCAUUUGUAAUUUGAAAUCUUCCCCUGAUUUUUUAGUAGCAGGAUGAAUAUCAAAAGGCAGUUUUAUUUCUGAAAGUGAUUCUGAAAAAAAGUACACUUUCCUAUUUAAAACCUGAUCUCUUCAGGUGUGAAUAGUGUUUGUCCACUUCAGUUUUAUUACUGCUUUCUACUGCCAGUGCUGCAGAGCCAAUGAUAUUCUGGAAGAACAGAUUCUCUCUGGCACACGAGUCUACACUUGUAAUUUGAGUUAUGCCCUUGUUCUUGCUUCUGGCUCCACCCUUUGGAGUGUAGGAUUCAUACAGGUGUAAAUGAGACCAGUGGCCAUAAAAGGCCUGUCAUCCUGUUUACUGCUGAGGUAUCCUCAAGUAGAGAAAAUACUGCAAGAUUAAGAGAGAGAGAUUAGCAAGCAGCAAAAGGAAGAGAAAGAGGGGCAAUGUGAUAGAGGAGUUGCCCGUAUUCUGUUCUGAGAGGCAGCCUCAUCUAGCACAGAGACUUUUGGCAAGAAGUCAGAAUUGCUUUAGCUCUUCUGGCAAGCUGGUGAUCUAAAUUGUUUACUGAUACAGGAGUUAAUCCUUGUGUUCUAAGGCAUUGCAGUGCUUUCUAGUUGAGAACUUUGCUGCUGCUAUAUUGUUGGUGAAUAAAGAAAAUUUUCUGUGAAGAAGUAACGGGGCAGAGAACCUGGCCUUGGCUGUUGAUGCAUAAUCUGGAAGGAACUCUGAUUCACCUUUGCUCACGGAUUUGCUGAAGUAGCAGUUAAAGAGGCAUAUCUGUUAAUGUGUAAACUGAUCACACUGUGAUGUGGGAUGAUUCAGAGAUGUUAUCCAUUUUUACAGUUUUCCGAAUGUGCUUUGAUACAGGUUUAAACUGUGGCUGUCCAGAGUUGUUUGUCUUGUGCUAAUAUUUACAUUCCUGAUUCAGGAAAUAUUCCCGUAUUUUUUUUUCACUUUUCUGUUUUAUUUUUUAAGAUUGGAAGAUUGCUAUAGAAUGGGAAAACUGAGGAACUUUACCUCUCUUUUCAUAUUCCUGUGUUGGUUUGUUUUUUCCCCAUAGGAAGAAAUUGGUCAAUGCAGUAAUUGCAGCUUUCCUAAUUUGUCCAAUGAUUAUUGUAUAGGAGAUUGUGGAAUGUUCUUCAUAUACUACUCAUCUAUGUGUGGAGCCAUGCAAAAUGUUAGGGAAAUGCCUGCCAUAGAACAGCAUGUCAUGUGACCUUAUCAUCUGACCACCAUGUAAACAGUCUACAUCCACACUGUGUUUUGAAUCUACAAUACUCUACUUUUUGAUUUUUGGGAAUGAGUGUUGUGUCAAGAACCAAGUGUGUCUGCAGAGCACAGUGCAGUACUGCACAACUACCCAGAUAUCCUCUGAUGCAGCUACUCUGAGUACUACAAGUAGUACAACUAUUUUAAUGUAAUACUCUUCCCAGGCUAUCUAUAACUCUAGCCAGCAAGACUGUAGCAGUGUGGUGCUGUCCACAGAUUUGGCUUUAAAUGAAUUGGUAUGAUUAAAUGGCACAGUAUGUUGCCAUACUUAUUUUAGUUGAGGCACCAGAGGUAUGCAUUUGUGUUAAUUCAGCGCUUCACUCAUGCUAAUAAACCCUGUUUCUCAGCAGGACUAAUUAGUUCAUACAGGGUACUGAGUUGAUGCAAUUGUUUGUUUCUUCUGGUUUCUGGAACAAAAUUUUCAGAAACUAGUUUCAGAAUGCCUUUGUCGUGCUCUUCAAGAGUAUCCAUACUGAUCCAGCAGAAUGCUGCACCAGUAUGACUCGUCAGCUUCUGAAAAUCAUCAUAGUUCAGUCAGUACCACCUUAUGAAUCUCAAACAUGCUGAAAUAGAUACACCCUUCAGUACGAGUUGCUGGUUUUGAAGGCUUUCUAUACAUAGCCCAGUACACAUCUGAUGUAGAGAACACUUAGCUACUUCAGUCUUGAAGUAUUAAAGAGCUGGGAGCUUGUUAGCUGAGUUACUUUCUAGCAGGAAAUAAAUGUUUUAAAUGAUAUCAGGUCGUCUUUGUAUAUUUGCAGUAUGAGAUAUUUUAAAUUAUUAUUCUCAUCAUGGAGUUCGUAUGUAUAGUUGUCCCUGUUGCCUGUCAUGUUAGCUUUACAGAAAUCCAGUAGAUCAAUAUUAUGUAUGUAUGUAUGAAUUCUCUCUAGCUUAUUAUGAAUCAAAGGAAUUCUUCUAUGGAAAUCAAUUUGUCCUCCUACUCAAGAGUUUUAGAUGGAGGAGAUAGGCCAAAAAAUUAGACACUUUGUUGGCAUUUGAAAAUGCUGUUUACUCUUCAAUAUGUACAACAUGAUCUCUUCUUGAUUAGUUAUCUGGCUACCUAUCAUGUAAUUUGGGGGGGGGGGGGUUGUUUUAUGUCAUUUUUUAGCGCUAUAGAAAUUCAAUGUGAUUAUUUGUACAAUGGUAAUAAGGAUAUACUUAUGGCUGAGCAUAAUGUUGAGGCAUGUUUGGAUUCAAAACAAACAACAAAGAUGACUGCUUUUUUAAUAAAAAUUUUCCAUAUGACUUUCAAGAACACUAAAUAUUUUUUUACUUUAUUUUCACAAAUAUUUUGAGCAUGCAAAUAAUAGUGAGUUUUAUUAAAAUGUUAAUAAAUUAA